AUAUUUGUCAUUCACAGGUUUGUUUGCAAAGAUAUCUUCAGCUAUUUCCAGAGAGAAGAAAAAAUCAUGGACCAUAAGAUGAAGGAGAGGCAGAGGCACCGGCAUCUACCAUAAGGUCACCUUCCCCAUGGUCACCAGUGCUAGCCCCAAGGUUACCUUCACCAGGGAGGAGCUCCCACACAGCUGCUCUGGCAGCGCUUGUUAACACAACUAAUUUGUCACCCAGGGCAUUGCGAUCUAAGAUUAGACGCAUCACAUCUCCAGACAAGUCAACCUGCUCACAAGGCAUCCCCAAGCAACAGGUUCCAAACCAGGCGAUGCCGUCAGCCUCGGUCCACCAUGUGGAACCAACACAUUCUGAUAAGUCAAAUGAUUCAAUUGAUGCUGGCAGUUUACUCUCGGCCAUUGAACAGCUGGAGACUGACCAGACAAAUGUGGAACCAUUACACUGGGAAAAGACAGUCCACAGCAAAUCAACCCAUAUUCCCUCCGAAGACAAGUCCAAAUUAUCAUCAUGCACGAUACCCAAUAUUUUGUAGGAAAUCAAACCAGAUCCCCAGGAAACUAAUGCAGCCACAAUCACGUCGGAGUCAAAGAUCCAGCCAGUUGAGGUAAACAUUAACACACUGACCCAGUGAUUAGACUAAGAACCUGAAGGUAGACAUUUUUUUAAAAUCAUGACAACAAAAUAGAGUUUGAAAACAAAAAACAAAAAAAGGAAAAAUAAGAAAAAAAAAUAAAAAUUUAAUGUCUAUUCAUUUCAUUGUUACAGGUUCAACUGACUGGCAAAAAUCAAGAAGCCAAAACAAAAGCAUCCUGGAACAAGAACAACAGAUCCACACCAACAGUGCUGGCCAGUCUCAAACCAGAAGACAAGUAACACCCUCUAGUUCCACCAAGAAACACCACAUAGGCAGUCAAGAUGUCCUCCUCCCAAGUUUAAACACAACUUCCGGUUCUGGUCUCUAUACCAGUGACGUCACCAGUUCUGAUUUGACUUCUGGUUUCUGCUACACUUCCGGUAUCUCAUUGACCAAGUGGUUCAACCAACGAGCAAAAAAACAAGACAAAGGCAUCCUUGAACAAGGACUUCGGAUCAACACAGCAGACGAAAGGGCCCCAGCUGCGAUUCCUCCUCGAUGAUGAGACAAAAUUCACCAGGGUCCCAGUCUCCCAGCAGCAUCGUUUUACCCUACAGUACAUC